AGUGUUAUCGCCAUUGUUAUUAACGUGGUACAGAGCUGUUCGUAAUUAUGGUUAUUGAAUAGAAAAAAAAAAAACACCAUUCCGAAGAUGGACGUCAACAAUUCUAGAAAUUUGCAUUGAAUAUAAUUAUAAUAAUUUGUAUUGUCACUGUGCUAAUGCAAAAUAAUUGAGGCUGUCAGAUUCUCUAGAUGAUUAAGAAUAUUUUACAGCUUUAAUGGUGUCUGAUAUAAUAAUCAAGUGUGUGGCGUGAGUUCAACAAAACAUUAACAUCCUUUCAUAUUUUAUUACUGUCCCAGACAAAUUUGAUUAUUUAUCCGUCAGUUUUAUUCAACACAGCUAUACGCUAACUACAGCUGCCGAACCGAAGGCUGUUUCAAUAGUUAAAGCGUGAAAAGGAUCAAUAAUAUGAAAUAUAUUUAUGCUCUUACUAGACAACAUCUCACAUGACACAGAUUUCCAGACACAAAUGUUCAUAAAUUUAUAAUGCAAUAAUUAUUGGUGUUUUUGCUAAUUAAGAAACUGGAAGGAUUAAUAAUAGCAAAGUAUUUGACUGCGCUAUAAAAAAUUGUGAUCAGUGCCAAAGUACAUUAACUUACACUUCAACUGAAGUCAAAUGCAUCGGAAAUUAUAGUGAUUUUUCAUCGUGAAAGUAUCGUCAACAAAAUGUAAAAGGAAUUAUUGUCGAUACAUUGGCUGCCUUCAAAUUAAAAGACUCUAAUUUUUAAUGGUGUGGUCAACAAUAAUCUUUAUAUAUUACAUUGCAAUACUAUAUAAAAUAAAAGGAAAGAAGAGAAUUGAUGAGAAACGGUAAAGAUUAUCCACGAUAUAAUGUUCGCAUUAAAAAGUGCCAUAGCUACUGCAGUGCAAAUAUGCUAAUAUUACGCAAAACAAGAUAAAAGAGAAGAUUAUAAAACAAUUAUUAAUAAUUAACAAAUCUAGUGAUAUAACGCGCUCUAAGAUUAAUUGAUAGCAUCCGAAUUUAUGCUGCAGCAAUACCGGCAAUUUGAAAAAAGCUAUUUUCACAUUUGCUGGAAAUCUCAUUCAAAAGUCCAGUGGACAACAUAGAUACAGAUCUGCAGUUUUCUCAAGAUACGCGUGGAAUUCAACAGAAGACAAGAACAAGACGUUAUUUUUUAAGACUCCACGAUUUCUUAAGCCGCGCAAGAGAAACGGCAACUUCUCUACGCGAAGAAGGAUCACUUAUGCUUCGCACGUAGUAUCUCGAAUAGAAAUCGGUUCCUCUCGAUUUUGGACACCGUUCCAUCGAGCUUGAGGAGCCAUCAUGGACGCAAGCGUGGAAGAAACCGAGCUCGACGUCGGUUCAGCGAGCGACGAGCUGGAGUCAUCGGCGCCGGAGCCGAGGCACGCGCGACGUCCGACGCCGCGGCCCUUCACGAUCGAGAGCUUGAUCGGCGGCGCACGCGAAGAUCACGAUGCCAACGGUGGCGGCGUCGCGCGGGACGACCGAACGAACGGCAGCGAGGAGGAAGAACAUCGGGAUCGAGAGUACCAGCUCUAUCAGAGGCAUUAUCUAGCGACUGCCGCGGCGAGUACGUUACCUUCAGGUUUCGGCGUGCCGCUCGGCUUGUACAGCGCUUGGCUACCGAUGCGGAUGUACGGCGGCGGUGCGACCGGCGUCCCGAUGCUGCCGCCACAGCAUCCGUCCGCCGGUUAUCCGACUCAUUCGGAACUGCAUCAGAGCCGGCUGCCUCAGCCCUCCGCACCAGUUUCCGGUCAUCCGCAGGGAUACUACCCGCUGGACGGUUGCCGUCGCGCCGCGAGCCAACGCGCGCCGAGCAGCUUCACCGACAGUGAGGACGAGGACGGCAGCAUCGGCUCGCCGGCGUCGCCGGUUCACGACCUCUCCAAGUCGCGGCACGGAUCCGAAAACGGACGCGCAUCAGCCGAAAGUGACGAGGAGGGUGGCGGGGCUGCGGGUUCCGGCGAGGGUCAUGACAUCUCCGACGGUGUCGUCGGCGGCGUCGGCAAUGCCGUGACGAGUCCCAGCGGGUCCUUAGAGAACGGACAGAACUCGUCAGCAUCGAAUGCCGGCGGUAACAAGGCCCGCCGGCGACGCACCGCGUUCACUUCGGAACAGCUGUUGGAGCUCGAGCGAGAAUUCCACGCGAAGAAGUACCUGAGUCUGACAGAGCGCUCGCAUAUAGCGCACGCGUUAAAACUGUCAGAGGUGCAGGUGAAGAUAUGGUUCCAGAACCGGCGUGCCAAAUGGAAGCGGGUGAAGGCCGGGCUGAGCGGCGGCGGCGUCGGCGUCGGUUCGGCGACGGCGGCCAUGACGCCCUCCGGCGCCUCAGGCCGCCACAACGGUACCGCCGGACAACACGCCGGCUCCGGCACCAGAAUAGUGGUGCCGAUACCGGUGCACGUGAGUCGUUUGGCAGUCAGGUCGCACCACCAUCAUCUGGAGAAGUGCGCGAGGGCGCCGCGCGCGAGGCCGACGCCACCCUCGGGUGCCGAUGGCGGAUCCGCGGGAGCGGCAUCGCUGGGCGAUGCGUUAGGACUAGUGAAUUCGAACCUGACCGGUCAGGUGCAGCCGCCUCUGGGCGCCGGCAUGGGGGUGGAGAUCGGUGUCGGGGGUGGUCUCAGGGCAUUCGCGGUGCCGGCGCACCGGGCCGGUCUCGGGGUCUUCUGGAAGGUAGUGAACAUCGUGAACAAUGAACUUGAAUUGCUGGUACGCGGAAGGAAGAGAGAUAGGAUAUAGAUUGAUAAUUGGUGUAUAGGACGCGGUGUAUAGAACGCGUGGAAAGAUGGAGCCGGGUCGAUUGCUUGAAGAGUGUAAAAGGCAAAUUUUUUUCAACCAAGUCGAAUAUAAACACAUUAGUGUCGAUUGAACAACGUUCUAAAAUAAACUUUAAACGACUGUGAAAUGUUGUUACGAUCACCAGAAGGAACGUAUUGAAUUUUUUUUAUCUUAUGUAAUUCUUAUAUAUUUUCUCAUCACUUUGCUCUGAAGUUACGUCUCAAGUGCUCGAUCCCUUUCCAUAACGAAGCUUUCGACCUUACAACGUGCAUUGUAAAUAGUAAGUCCUAGAGGUUUGUAAAUAUAUACGUACACCACGCGUAGAUAGUAACUUCACGUAAACACAAUAGCUCGUACCUGUAGAUAGUUUACGUUAAACAAUGAGGUUUCAGCUUGGCGAACAUUACGUGGCAGCAAUAUCGCGUAUCGAUCAGUCGUGCGAUCAUCGCAGCUGCCUUAUACCGGCGAAACAUUACAAGGAGGCGGAAGCGCACAAAAUGUCGGGCUAUAGACUUGCAUACGUUGUAAUAUCGUGUCGGCAAUAAAACGUACGACUGUAAUCCGAAAUGUCGUUUGCCUCCUUAUACCUCACAUUUAUGUGGCACAACUAGGACUGAUUUACAAGGAUAAUUUGUUAAAAAAA